GACAAGGAAACAACAACAGCAACAAGUGAAUCAGAAGGGAUACCACACUGAUUCUCUCUUUUUAUCUGUUUCAACUUCAACCCUCUGUUUCCUUGUUAUAGAACAACAAAAUAACUCCCCACCCACUCUCAAACUUUUAAUCUUUUCUUCUCUUCUUCCUUUUUCUUUUCUUUUUUUUUCCUUCUCCCAAAACAGAAUCCGCUAUGGGUAUUCUAUACGACGACGUUGUCAUCAUCCGGGAAUCUGAGAAAGAAGGUGACCCCAGUGUUAUCACUGUUAACUGCCCUGAUAAAACUGGCCUCGGCUGUGACUUGUGCCGCAUCUUGCUCUUCUUUGGUUUGAGCAUUGUCAGAGGAGAUGUAUCCACGGAUGGAAAAUGGUGCUACAUAGUGUUUUGGGUGAUUGGCAAAUCAACAACCAGAUGGGGUCUAAUGAAGAUGAGGUUAGUAGAGGCAUGCCCUUCUUGUUCUUCAACUUCUGGGAUAUUCUAUUACCGCGCAGAAUUGCAGUCUCCCAAGCCUCCUGAUGUAUUCCUCUUGAAGUUCUGUUGUUAUGAUCGAAAAGGGCUUUUACAUGAUGUAACCAGUGUUCUUAGUGAGCUUGAGCUCAACAUAAAGAAAGUGAAGGUAUCAACCACCCCGGAUGGGAGAGUCAUGGAUCUCUUCUUCAUUACAGACACCAGAGGACUUCUACAUACGAACAAGAGACGGGAGGAUACAUAUGCCCAUUUAAGAGGUGUUACAGGGGAUGCGAUGAUAAGUUGUGACAUUGAAAUGGUUGGUUCUGAUAUUACGGCAUGUUCACAGGCAUCUUCCUUUCUUCCAUCUGCAAUAACGGAAAGCAUGUUCUGCUCAGAAAUUCCUAAUGGACCCCCAAGUGAAUCACUAACUACCAGCAAUAUCUCAGUCGGAAUGGACAACUCACUUAGUCCAGCUCACACUCUUGUCCAAAUUGUUUGUGAAGAUCAUAAAGCCCUUCUGUAUGACAUAAUGAGAACUCUAAAGGAUUACAACAUUCAGAUUUCCUAUGGGCGCUUUUCUAUAAAACAACGAAGGAACUGUGAGAUUGACUUGUUCAUCAUGCAAGCUGAUGGAAAGAAGAUAAUUGACCCUAACAAGCAGAAUUCUCUAUCUUCUCGUCUGCAUAUGGAACUUGAGCGUCCUCUCAGAGUAGCUGUAGCUAGCCGUGGUCCUGAUACAGAACUUCUGGUUGCAAAUCCUGUGGAAUUAUCUGACAAAGGGAGGCCUCUUGUUUUCUAUGACAUCACACUCACUCUCAAGAAGCUUGACAUUUGCAUAUUUUCGGCUGAAAUUGAUCGGCACAUGAUUGGAGGUCGAGAAUGGGAAGUUUACAGGGUGUUACUUGAUGAAGGGGAUGGCUUGUCUCUCCCAAGAAGCAAAAUUGAGAAAGAAGUGUGGAAGACACUAAUGGGUUGGGAGUGAUUGUAUAAGUGGAGACGUUUCCUUGUCCUGUAAAGUAUACUUCUUCAGGCAGUUUAUGUAAAGUCAUAUGGCAAUAGGAGCCUCAACUCUUUACUAACAUUUUAGAACAAUCGGGCAGCAAGGUGGUGAAAGAAGAAAACCUCAAAUGGGUUUAUAUAGCUUGAAAAACUCCAUUUCAGAGGAAGAUAUGGAGUGAAUCACUAAUGAAUGAGUUAUCGUGGUAAACGUUUGGGUGGUAUAUUGGCGAUGUGAGGAUCCCUAGUGCAGAUAUCCAAUGUACAUAAACUCUGUAUGUAGAGCCUGUGGCAGAAAACUUUCAAGGAUUUCACGAUCCCGUAUUAUAAGUUGUUCUGUAGGAGGGAUUGUGAAGAAGAUUUGUGUAUAUUAGAGGUAUAAUGCAAGAGACAUGAUAAACUGUUGUUUGCUUCAUCCAUCUCUUCAAAAUUUAUUUUCUUGAGGUUUUGUGGGAAAUGCAAUGGCCGGUGGGAAAUAGUCUACCUGGUAACAAAUUCAAUGUUUACUUCGAA